AUCACGUGACUUCCGUCUAGGACAUUUCAUAAUAAAAACAUUGUAUUGCGUAUAAAUAAAUCGACAGUAAACAUUAAAAAUCUGAUCUAGAUCUAUCUAGACUAGAUCAGAAUCUAGACCUGUUCUGUGAAAGUCUUAUGUAAAGUUUUUCAAGCAAAAAUGCCCGUUGUCUUGUGGGCUAAGACGGCGGCAGGGCCUAAUCUUGCCUUUAUUAAGUCUUUCGGAAAGGCCCUCAAAACUUGGAAAGAUGUCAUUCAACAAAACUUCCUUCGAAAACAUCACAAACCUCAUGUGCAGCAGACGUUUGAAAUCCCUCAAAUCGAUGCAAAAGAAAGAUGUUUGUUCAAACCUAGCAUCAUCCAUAAAGGCACAAACAACCUCCAAUCACGGAUUUUUCGCUCGUUGUUUGCAAGAACAACUUCACGGUCUUUGGCGAGUGAGCUUAGAAGAAAAUCCGCAUUAAAACUGACAGCAAGUUCUGGUCGAAGUUUUAGAAAUGUUUCUAUUAUGUCACUGAUUGGUGUCACUUUGGGCCUUGAUGUAUCCACAGUUAUUGAUGAUGGAGCAGAAAAAAUGAUGUCGGAAAUGCGGGAAAAAUUUCAAGACUUCACUUUUGAACCGGAACCAGUGCAGAAGUUACCUAAUGCAUUAAAAGAUCUUGAUAUCAAUUUGAAAUCAAUUGCUAGUGGUUGUGAAGGUGCUGUCUAUAAGGCAAAGCUCAAGGAUGAAGCAGAACCGGCAUCAGCUGCUGGGGACAAAGAAUUUAAUUUGGCAGUUAAAGCUGUUUUUAAUUAUGGUGCUGAAUCUAACUCGUGCAGUAUCUUACGAGCACUAGAGAGAGAGAUUGUUCCUUUGCGAGCAGAAGGAUGUCAGGCUGAGGCACUAAAUGAACUGGGUAACAGAGUGAAUCGUCUGCCUGCUCACCCAAACAUCGUGGACAUGCCUGGCAUAUUUGUUGAUGACAUGCUUGUGACAGAAGAGGGCCUAAGAGACUUCCCAGCUGCCAUGCCACAGAGAGUUGAUCGUGAAAGAUGCUUUGGACGAAAUAAGACAUUGUACCUUGUAAUGAAAAGAAGGAACACUCACUUGAGAGACUAUCUGGCACACAACUCUGUACCCAUGGCAACCAGAUGCCUGAUGCUGGCCCAGCUUCUAGAGGGUGUGUCCCAUCUUCAGAAACAUGGUAUUGCCCAUAGAGACCUGAAGACUGAUAAUAUUUUGGUUGAUGUGUCAGACACAGGAGGCACGCCACGUCUUGAAAUUUGCGACUUUGGUUGUUGCUUAGCUGAAGAAAACAAGAACCUGUUGGUUCCAUAUCCAUCCAAAGAUCUGUACUUGGGAGGCAACUCUUGGCUGAUGGCACCAGAGUUGGUAACUGCUCAACCAGGCCCCAAUAGUUUUUUGGAUUACAGAAAAUCUGAUCUCUGGGCAGUGGGUGCCAUUGCUUAUGAAAUACUUGGUGCAGACAAUCCAUUUUAUCCCAGCAAGAGUCAAGAAGUGCAACAGCUGAGGAAUGUGGACUACUCAGAAGAUGAUCUGCCAGCAUUACCAGAUGAUGUUCCAGAACCAAUUCAAAAAGUUGUUCUGUCUCUUUUGUCUAGAAACCCCAACAAGAGACCAUCAGCUAGUGCAGCCAUAGCUGUCAUUCACUUGUCGAAUGCUAAGAGAGACUCAUCUAAACACUUGAAUGUGUUUGAGAAGAAGAAUGCUGUCAACAGAUCCCUAAAGAAAUCUACUCCACACAUCUUCAUGACCAGAGUGAGGGAAAGCUUAAACUGGAUUCUUGUAGAGAGUCUGUCCUUGCUGUGCCAGUUAACCUUCAGCCAAAACUCUGAGACCUGGGACAUGGAUUUGGCAAUGAAGUUUCUCUUCUUGUCACAAGUCAGUUAUGCUGACCUUAGAGAAGCCAGCAAGUUUUUCUAAAGUGUAGCGACAAAAUUUUGUCUUGUACCCUAGCAUAUGUUUACAUAGCUAAUAGUAUUUGGAUGCUAGAAUUGUGAUAGAAACUGCAUUCAGAGGCGCUUAAAACAGACGAAAGCUUUACUCUGUGAUCAGUUAAGUGUAGUUCUAAUUGAUUUGUCUUCUCUGAACAUCAUUUCGUGUACUCAAAAAGUCUUGAGAUACAUUCUGGAUAUUUUCGUUACACAAGAAGUGUAUGAUAAGAAUUCAUAUACAGCUGUAUCAUAUUAUUUUACUUGGCUUUAUGUUUCUGCCUUUUUUUCUAUAUUGAUACAGUAAUUUGAUCUUUGGUAGUUGCUAACAUGUGAAUAGCAUAGAUGGCAAGAAGCUUUGGUCUCUAUGGCUAAGACCAUUUUCUUAAAGACAUUCAGUUUUUAUUUAUUGAGGAUGGGUAAAAAUUAAAUGCACUCUCUAAAAAUUUUUUUUUCAAAAUCAAAAUUCUAAAAAGCAACAUUUUGAUGCAACACUUUUAGUUCACAAUGUAGCAAGCAAAGAAUAGAAUUUAUUUUUGAUUUGAACACUAUGCCAAUAUUGUUUAGAGAAGGAAUCAGUAUCAUAGAGCUUGAAAUAUUAGUCAACUUUAUAUGUUGAUUUCCAUUUGCAGUUUCUAGAUUUCUCAAUUUAUACCUGUGAUAAUUGAAAUGUCUUACUAACAAGGUUUAGCAAUUAAUUAUUGCAUAUUAUUUUUCUUGUAAAUAAUAAAACACAAAUGUUAUGUAGUCAAUUUGAUUUAUAUUGAGACUCCAAGAAGGUCUUACUCUGUUGAUCAAACAAUAAAAAGUCUUUUCACGCAAACAAAAAA